AUGAUAAAGAAGUACCUUAAUAAAUUUUUCAUUUACUUCAUUUGUUUUUCUAUAGUGUUUGUCUACAUAGUUAAUGUUAAAGUAGUUUGGAUUGAUUUGAUUGGAAGUAAAUAAGAAUUUCAUUUUUCAAAAUAGGUUCAAAUUAUAGAAUUCCUUAUUUGUUGAUAUUUACAAUAUUAACAACUUUAUUAGGUUGGAGCUUAUUUAAAACCAUGUUUACAGACCCUGGAAGAGUUCCAUAAAAUUGGGGAUUUUUCUUGAAUGAUCCUGAAUAAAAAAAAAGAAAAUUUUGUUUAAUUUGCCACAUUUUCAAACCUGAAAGAUGUCAUGUAUAAUACUUUAAUAAAAAAUAAUUAGCAUUGUUCAGCAUGUAAUCGAUGUGUGUUAAAUAUGGAUCAUCAUUGUCCUUGGAUAAAUAAUUGUGUUGGAUUCUAAAAUAGAAAGUUUUUUAUGCAAAUGUUAUUUUAUGUUAUUCUUGAUUCUUAUUGUGCUGUAAUUGGAUUAGGGUAUGGUAUAUAUGUGGAAUUUGAAAAUAUUAUGCUUUACCUUAAUUCAGAAGGAGAUCUGCAUUUUAUUGAUGGACUUUUAUUAUUAUGCGCAUUUGGAAUCAGUUGUUUAGCAUCAUGUUUAAUAACAAUGUUUUUUAAAUUCCAUUUAUAAUUGGUAUUAAGUAAUAGAACAACAAUAGAAAACUUAGAAAAGAAAAGAAAUGAAGAGACAGGAUAAUAAACUGAUGAUUUUAAUUAAUAUGAUUUGAAGCCAUAUUACAAUUGGGUACAAGUAUUUGGAAUGAGUAAAUUGUCAUGGUUCCUACCAAUUUAAAUGGAAGGAGGUCGACCAGUUGGUGAUGGUAUAUUGUGGCCAAAGAAUCAUCAUAAUGAAAGUUUGUUACUUAAAGAUCAUGCAUCUAUUCCAAUUUAUAAUGGAAAUGGUGAUAAUAUAUAAAUGCAAUAAUAUAACAAUCAACUUUUGCAUAGUAACAGUAAAUAAUAUAAAUUUAUUAUUAUUAGAUUAAUAAUUCAGAUCAUCGUCAACUCAACAUUAAUGA